CGGCCGACGGCCGAUCUCAAAAUUUCCCCCCGUUUCUACGCGAUUUUCCACGGGAUCUCUAUCACGGCCGAGCCGUUUGGGCCAGGGCCCAGGGGCACUGCCAUCUCUGCUGGUAAAGGCACCGUGGGAAGCGGCUGCAUACAUCUCUGCUUGUGAGAUGCUCCUCCUCGUUCGCCGCCGCCGCCGCCUCCUCGCCCUCCCCUUCUUCACCCUACACGCCCCCACCUCCACCGCCACGCCGCCCUCCUCUCUCGACGCCGCAGCGGUGCUCGAGACGCUGUCCCUCUACGCCAACGACUGGCGCCGCGCGCUCGAUUUCUUCCACUGGUCCGCCUCCCCCACCGGCGCCAACCUUCCCCCGACCGCCGCCACCCUCGCCCGCGCCGUCGACAUCCUCGGCAAGCACUUCGAGUUCCCGCUCGCCACCUCCCUCCUGCUCUCGCACCACGACCCCGAGCGUGGGGACCCCGCCCUCCUCCGCCCCGCCCUCCGCGCCCUCCUCAACCGCCUCGCCGCCGCCAACCUCAUCGACGACGCGUUCCGCGCGUUCGACUCCAUCGCCGCCUCGAUCGGCCUGCGCGAUGAGGCAUCCUUCCACCUCCUCGUCGACGCGCUCUGCGACCACCGCCGCAUCGACGAGGCCGACCACCUGUGCUUCGGCAAGAACCCGCCGCCGUUCCCGCUGGGGACGAAGACCCACAACCUGCUCCUCCGCGGAUGGGCUAAGACCCGCGCCUGGGCGCGCCUCCGCGAGCUCUGGUUCGACAUGGACCGCCGCGGCGUUGCCAAGGACCUCCACUCCUACUCCAUAUACAUGGAUGCCCUUACCAAGUCAGGCAAGCCGUGGAAGGCCUUCAAGAUUUUCAAGGAGAUGAAGCAGAAAGGCAUCCCGAUUGAUAUCGUUGCAUACAAUACUGCGAUCCAUGCGGUUGGGCUCGCACAGGGUGUCGAUUUUGCUGUCCGAUUGUACAGACAGAUGGUUGAUUCUGGUUGCAAGCCCAACGCUGCCACUUUCAACACAAUUGUCAAGUUAUUCUGCAAGGAGGGAAGAUUCAAAGAAGGGUAUGCGUUUGUUCAGCAGAUGCACAAGGUGGGGUGUGAGCCCAAUGUGCUCACAUACCAUUGCUUUUUUCAGUAUUUGAGCCGUCCGCAAGAGGUCCUUGGACUGUUUGAGAAAAUGCUUGAGAGGGGUUGCCAGCCGAGGAUGGACACAUAUAUCAUGCUCAUCAAGAGAUUUGGGCGGUGGGGAUUCCUACGUCCAGUGUUCAAUGUGUGGAAGGCAAUGGAAGAGCAGGGACUCAGCCCGGAUGCAUUUGCAUACAAUGCGCUUAUUGAUGCAUUACUGGAAAAGGGUAUGGUGGAUUUGGCUAGGAAGUAUGACGAGGAAAUGCUUGCGAAGGGACUCUCACCUAAGCCAAGGAAAGAGCUGGGGACUAGGUUGCCAGGAGCAGAGUCUGAUAGUGAUAAUGCACUAAAUGGUGUGCUUUGAUUUCUGAAAGCUAGACAGGAAUAGUGACAUUAUCAUGUUCUACUACCCAUUGGUUCUCUUUUGACCAUUGAAGCUGAUUAAAACAAUGAUAUAAUGGUGCUCAUGCUCCCAAAUAUAGGUUGCUUUGCAUUGAAGGAGAUCUAAUGUGAAUUCAUGGAUUUUACAUUGAAUUAAAAUUAGAAUGAAUCAUAUUGCUGCCGUCAAUUAUCAUGCAGUUAUUCCCUGGGAAAUAUGUGAAAGAGCAUUGGUGGACACGGUCACAUACGUAGUUGCUGGAAAAGCAUUGGUGGACAUGGUCACAUACGUAGGAAAAAUGAUUAUGAGAUGCUCAUGGAACUCCCACCAAAGUUUUGACAUAAGAAGUGGAUGAAAGGACUAAGAAGAAUCAGCAAGAAAGCACAGCUCAGAGAGUUUGUAAAACUCUCCUUUUCCUAAUUAAAUUGGGAUUAAAAUUGGAAAGACAAAUUUCAGAUGAAAUGCAGGUUCUUCACGUGGUUGCUCCUUCAGUACAAAGUCUUCACAGUAGACAAACUGCUAGCUGUGGGAUGGGAUGCAAACUCAACUUGUCAGCUCGGUGAUCUGCAAUAUGAAACUUCACAUUUUAUUAUCAAAUGCAGCUAUUCAAAAUAGAUUCGGCACACAAUGGCAGCUUGGUCAGAGGUGAAUUCUCUUGAGACUCGGAAAUCCUCACAAAACUGGUGGCACAGGCAUGUUGAAGGAAGUACCAUACGGGCCAAUGCUAGAACAUUUAGUCAAUUGUAUAUAUGGUUUGGAAUAUUUACAAAGAAAGAAAGCUGCGGAUUUUUUAGAGCAAAACCUUGGAUUUCAUGCAGUGGUCCAGAUCAUUAAACAGGACAUUUGCAUGCUACGUACUGUAUUGUCAAAUACGCUUGAGGAAGGAGAGGAAUUGGUGUAGGAAGUCUGCAUUGCUCGCUUUGCUCCUUGUUGUCGGACGUACAGUAGUUUUCCUUUGUUGUAUUUUUUAUUGUUCUGUUUUCUCGGCCUGACACGUUAGCCAUGUCGCCUUUGUAAUUUGGGCCCCUUUCUCUAACGAAUCGGCAGGGCACCUGCCAUUUCCGUUAAAAAAAGUUGAGAAAGGACCUGUGAUUCUGUGAACUGUGAAUGGGAUCAGAGUAGGUCCGGUAUCAUAUGCGGAAUGGUGUACUCUUACAGCUGGGCAGGAAGAUUUAUGUUGGAAACUGCUAAAAUGUUUCGAUACCUCGUCUUGGGGAAUUUGAUACUGAGUCCUGGAUUUUAAUCAAAGUGAGACGGAAUGAUUAAUACAGUCAUCACAAGGUUGCUUCCUGAGAAUCCAAGGAAGGA